AUGGACGAGGCUGAGGUGGGAGUUAUGAAAGAGGAGAGCCAGGAAAACGUGGUCAGACGGGAUGGUGGAGCCUCGGGGAGCGAGUUUCCGUCUGUGGGGCACGAUCCUGAAGGAGAGGGCGUUUUCUCCUGUCAGAAGUGUGGAGACGCAUUCACAGAAGAGGAGACUUAUCUCCAGCAUCUUCAGCAGCAUGCUCUAGAGCAUGACGGCGACUGCAGAGAGACCACCGACAAGACUGAGGCAGACAAGUCACUGCCACACAUUUAUUCAAAGGACGGCGGCAGAAAUGCUCAAACAACUUCAAAAGACUUGUCUGAACAAACUGGAAUAACCUCACAACAUGCCUAUAAAUGUGAAGAAUGUGGUAAGACGUACGGAAAGUUUGGUUACUUCAUCAACCAUCAGCGGACGCACAUGCAACCAUCAAAAUCAGUUUUUCAUAACUUGGAACACUUAGAAAAGAAAUCGUUUCAGUGCGAGUAUUGCGGCAGGAGUUACUCGCGCAUGUCUGCUCUGGAUGCUCACCGAAGAUGCCAUGAGGGGAAGCUGGUAAAGAAGGAGAAGAAGUGCCGUAGUUCACCUGAAGCCCUUGUUCCAGAGCAGAAAGCGGAACGCAAGCACCUGGAAGCUGACAGUGGCAGAAGCGUUACAUGCUUGUGCGGUAAAAAGUUUUCUACCUUGAUGAAGCUGAACACUCACAAGCGUUUUAGCCACAACGGACAAUGCUUCGAUAACGGUGUGUAUGAAAGGCGAAAGAAAGGGUUUAAGUGUUCUCAAUGUCCCAAGUCGUUCUCGAGUCAUGUUGCUCUUGCCAGCCAUGAGCACAGUCACAAGGGGAAAAACUAUAAAUGCGAUGAAUGCGACAAAACAUUUACAACUCUGUACUUUUACGAGCGACACCAAGGACUUAAACACUCCCAAAUCAUCCCGUCAAAGUCCUUUCUUCACCAGGUGGACCAGGUGCAAAAGAAAACGUGUGAAUGUAAAGUUUGUGGGCUCAAGUUUUCUAGGGCCUCGGCUCUACAUGCACAUGAACUAAAUCACCUCAAUGAAAUGGAUGAAACUAAGCUACCUCAGCCAGGUAUGCAUGCACAGUUUGAACGCAAAGCCACUGAGCAAACUGGCAUCCGUGGGUUCUUCUCUCCUGAGAGCGGUACACAGGCAAUCAAGGCUGAAGAUGACGAGACCCUUGAACCUGGUGAUCUGAUUGUAAAAGUGAUCAGUAGUAGUAGUAGUUCAAGUGAGUCUGAAGAUAAUAACUCGGACCUGGAGCUUGUUUGUGAAUCUGAUUAUGAGAUUGACUAUGGGGAGCCUGGAGCAGAAGAGAGACUUGACUGCCCUGAUUGUUACCGGUGCUUCACAAAUCCGUCAUCUCUGCGUGUUCACAGAAUGUGGCAUGACAUUCGCAGAAAACGACAUGGGACUCAAGAAAGUGCCUCUUUGCAUCUUGAAGUUGAGCCUGAUGAAGCCAAUAAGAGCAGUGAGUCCGAGUCCUCUUGCAACAAACGGUUCGCCUCUGCCAACUCCUGGAUCGGGCACAUGAAGCUCCACAAAGAAAGACCGUUCUGGUGUUUCUCGUGCGCCCGGGGCUUCAGCCAACAGGAAACGUUCAAUUACCACAUGUACCGCCACAAAUGUAGGAAGUUUCAGUGCACCAUCUGUAACAAAAUGUUUCGGCUUUUAAAACAACUCAAUGACCACUACAACACUCAUACGGGGGAGAAGCCACACAUUUGCACCUACUGCGGCAAAGGCUUUUCACAAUCGGCCAGUAUGUACGCACACAGGAAAGUCCAUUUUAAAACGAACAGGACGUCCACGCGCACAAUCCGUCGCCUCAAUAACGUGGAAAGGCUUUAUCUCCAGAGCACUGCACAGACACUGGCUGGGGCAAUGAAGCAGACCCCACAGAGCGUGGAGGAUUACCGCGAGUACGGCAGACCUGUAGCCAAGCGGUUGGAGUGGGAAUGCUGCGAUUGUGAUCAGAGCUUUGAAGAAGUGACCCAGCUUCACAACCAUUACAUUCAGCAUGCGGCCGGAGAGAUCCCCAUGUUAUAA